AUGAGCGACCGGAUCAGUAAUCUACCGGACUCGUUGCUUCUGCAUAUUCUCUCUUCUAAAUAUCUUCAAACCAAAGAUGUUAUUGCGACAAUGCUCUUGUCGAAGAUUUGGAAAUCUCUUUGGCUCUCCAUUCCAAAGCUUGAGUUCUACGAAAAAGGCUUUCGUAGUUACGAAUCCUUCCUGCAAUUUAUAGAUUCUACCCUCAACUUGGUUGAUUCCAAAUCUCUCAAAAUGUUUUCUCUCAAGUGUGAGUAUUUUGAUAUGCCCCAUGAUAAGGUUGACAUUUGGGUUAACACAGUGCUCAAGAGCAAACUUGAGUAUCUGAAUCUGUGUUUUGCACCUUGUUUUGAUAUUAUGGUUACGUAUCCGCCGUUACCCUCUAGCACUUUCAACAGCAAUACCAUUAGGAUCUUAAAGUUGGUUAGGGUGAAGGUGAGUAAUCUUUCUACUGUCAAUUUGCCAUCCCUUAAGGCCUUGCAUAUGAUGUACGUUGUGUUCUCGGAUGCUGAAAGUUUAGGAAUGCUUCUUUCUAAAUGUGUUCGUCUUCAAGAAUUGCUGCUACUGUAUCUGGGGUUUCCUGAUGAUGAGAAUAUGAAGCUAGACAUUGGAAGGCUUCAUCACUUGGUUAUUGCAAAGGUUUCUUCAGUAGAUCUAUUUAGAAUGGAAGUUUUUUCUAAUGUUACAUUUCUGAGCUUAGAGGAGCAUGAUUUUUUUCCCGGUGACUAUGAAUUUCCAACAUUUUACAAUUUGCCCCAACUGGAAAUUCAUUACUUAACUCAGAAAGGGUGGAGUAGUCUGGUCUGCUGCCUUCGAAGUUUCCCCAAGCUUGAAACUCUUAUAAUUUACGAGGGUUGUAAGGGAUUGGAUUGGUCGAUGGAAGCAGGUCCUGAUAAUGUUCCUCCAUGUGUGUCAUCAAACCUGAAGGUGUUUGUGCUAGGUGGCUUUAACUACUUGCAAAGUGAGUUCGAAAUUCUGGAUUCUUUGGUAUUGACUUUAGGAGAGUCAAUGUCGCCAUUCUCUGUAGCAGGGCCACAAGGGUCAAAGCUUGGUAGGAUUGAAUUUGGCUGUUCUCCAUUGGAACUGGAGAAUAUUUGCCCUGUAUGGGGGAGCUUGAAGUUGGUGGAGGAUUUUGUGAUUCUUGGCAAAACUCUUGGUUCUAUAGGUACUUUGAGUGGAUUCCAAGGAGUAAUCUCCAUUCUCAUUUGCUUAGGCAGCUCUUAUGGGGAAGUGCUGGAAACUGCAAUUUGCAACACAGGUUAA